AUCUGGCAACCCGGCCCUAGCUGUCACAAUGACAGCUCUCGAUAGCUCUACGCUCGGCCAUCGCUAUUCCUAUCGCCAGGGGCUCGUGAGAAUUCUCGGCAGUUGAAAAUUUUUCGUCGUACUCUCGGAACAACAAAGCAGCGACAAAUCGUCAGACAGCAGCAACAUGUCCGCCUACAAGCUGGAGACCGCCCCCUUCGAUCCACGGUUCCCUAACCAGAACGUGACCCGCUACUGCUACCAGUCGUACAUCGACUUCCACCGCUGCCAGAAGAAGCGCGGCGAGGACUUUGCGCCCUGCAACUACUUCCAGAAGGUCUACAAGUCGAUGUGUCCCAACGCCUGGGUGGAGAAGUGGGACGAUCAGCGCGAGAGCGGCACAUUCCCGGGCCGCAUCUAAGUUCGGCACACCGCAUCCCCAAUCCCUAAAAACACACAGAGCAGGAUACGAUCGAUGGAUGGAUGGAUGGAUGGGCGGACGUAGAGCAGCGUCGUAACCAGAAUCCGGCAAUUGCAACAGAGACUAGUUCGUGUUUGUGAUGUUUGUGCUUUACCGAGCGAUGAAUGCAGACCAUCGUCGACAAAUACUUAAAUACACAAAUGUUCAAUUAUCUGAAUUCUGAA